AAAAUAGAUUUGACAUUUGAAGCAAUUUGAAGUGUCAAAGUUGUGAAACUUUGUGAGACCCAACAAAUACUGAUCAAAAUAUUGUAAUAUUAAAAACUCUUGCAUGAAUAUUGUUGCUAAAGCAAUGGCUUCAGCUGUUAUUGAUAAAGUUAAGGACCGCAAGGUUAAGGUUUUCUUGGGACCAUUGCCAGAUGACUUCUUAAGGAUUACUGGGGGUGUACAAAAGCAACAAGAAGCAGUUGAUCGUCAGACAGCCCUUGCAUUGCAACAUCAAUUUGUUGUAUUAUCAGCAUACCCACCCAAAUUAGCUGGACGAUUCAGUAUAACUAUUGCACAAGCAAAACUGGUCAAGAAUUAUGGCAUAACACGUAUGGACCCUUAUGUCAGAGUUAGAAUGGGUCAUGCAAUUUAUGAAACUCAUACUGAUCCCAAUGGAGGAAAAAAUCCACGUUGGAACAAAGUGAUUCAAUGUUUGUUGCCACAUGGAGUGAAUACAGUUUCAAUAGAUAUUUAUGAUGAAAGAUCUUUGUAUGUUGAUGAAUUGAUUGCCUGGACUCAAUUUACAAUACCUAAGCAAGUAUUGUUAGGUGAAACACAAGAGGAAUGGUAUCCUUUAUCUGGAAAACAAGGUGAAGGGCUUGAGGGUUCUAUUAAUUUAGUGUUGAGCUAUGUGCUAAAUGCACCUCCAUCUAUGCAAUAUCCACCAGUAAUGAUGUUGCAAAAUGUCAGUGGUGGCAGAGUACCAGCACCAGUGUAUUCUGCACCACCAGCAAAUAAUCCAGCUCUUCCUUCUGUCCCAGUUCUCAGUGAAACAGAAUUCAAUCAGAUUGAAGAGAUGUUUCCAAAUAUUGAUAAAGAAGUCAUCAAAUCCGUUUUCGAAGCCAACCGCGGUAACAAAGAUGGCACCAUCAAUUCGCUCCUCCAGAUGUGCGAAUAAAUUCUCUAUCUAUACUAACUUGCAAUAUUGUUAUAUUCCAUUGUAUUAGUAUUAUAAUGUGAUUUAAUCUCUAGAAUACGCUUGGCCAUAAUUAUUAAAUUGUUAAGUUACCAAAUUGGUGCCAAAUAUUGGGAUUGAUUUUAUUUGUUUCGAUGCUAUAACUAUAUUAUAUUGUUAAUCUAAGCACGUGUAAUUCAGAA